AUGGAAUUUCGAACAUUCCGAAACACUGAACAAAAUACAGAUCUUAUAUUGAAAUCUAUACCGUCAGAUCCGAUGUUAGAUUUGCACCAGCCCAAUUUUCAACAAAAAUGUUUCGUGUUUACCGAUAUAGAACUUACUGACAUAAGUGGCAAAUAUCCUCCUGAAUCAGAUAAUCGCAAAAUUGGUAAUGGAUCCAUUUCUACAUAUUCUAAAACAUUGCCAAAGAAUAAAAAAAGUAAAACUAAAUGGAAAGGGAAAAAAAUUGCUACAACUGUAGCUGGUAUAUUGUUAUUGUUACUAAUUGGCGCGGGAGUACCGUUUGCUUUACAGCUGCGUUCAUCAUCUCUCUUGGAAGCAAGGCUGACUUUUAUAAAACGACUGUUAAGUGAAAUUCCAUUAGUAGAAGGUUAUUGGAGUCCGGAAAAUUUGACUACUUCAUUAUCAGCAAUAAAGGAAGGCUUAGUAGGCGCACUAUUGUGGUCAGUAGAUAUACCUUGUGGAGCACAACACUUGGAUGCUGUACAGAGAGCAUUGGAAGGAGUGGAUGCAGCAAAAAACACUGCAAAACACCAUGAGUCAUUAGUCAUAGUUGAUAAAGCUUUAGAUAUGGAGAAAGCUCAUUCGGAUGGUUUUGUUUCUGUGAUCUUAGGCAUUAAAGGCGGCCAUGCUCUAGGAGCAAGUCUUGCUGUCCUACGGUCACUUUACCAUCUAGGAGUCAGAUUUGUUUCUUUAACACAAGAGGGGUGCAGCACGCCCUGGGCCACUGCUUCUAAAUUUUAUGAAAUGGAAUCGCAUCCGGAACAAGACAUUGAGCUAGAUGGAAUUACAUUAUUUGGACAGUCAAUGAUAAGUGAAAUGAAUCGAUUGGGAGUUUUGUUGGAGGUGUCGGGGGCUUCCGAAUUGGCAAUGAAGCAAGCUUUGACUGUAUCUCGUGCCCCCUGCUUGUUGGCCAAUUCUUCACCUCUCGCAUUAUGCAACGACACUUCUGCCAUAUCCGACGAUAUACUUACAAGCUUGCCACAAAACGGUGGUAUUAUUAUGGUGAAUGUGGACCAUUGUAAAAAUCAACAAUUAACAAGGAAAGAUGCUAUAUCGUACAUUAAUCAUGUUCGCAACAUGGCUGGAGUAGACCAUAUUGGUUUAAGUGGUGCAACUUCAAAUUAUCCUCACUUGCUUGCAGAAUUGGCAAGAGACCGGUUAUGGGGAAAUAUUGCCAUAAAAAAACUGGUUGGCGGAAAUUUGGUUAGAGUAUUGAAAGAGGUAGAAGCCGUGCGUGAUAAGGUACCUAUAAAUGAAGAAUGGGUUCCAGAAGAAGCUAUUGAGGGUCACUCAUAUUGUCGUUAUCCAGUAGUAUAAUUUUUUUUCAUAUAGAAAUAAGAAUAUUUAAUUUAAAGUUACCUAAAAAAAUAAAUUCUUUAUACAUUUAUCCAAUAAAUGUUAAAUACUAAUACAUUUUUUUAUCCUUUUUCUUCUUUUUCACUUUAAUAGGCAAAUCUAUAUCAUUUGUAAUUUCAUUUUCAUUAUUUGAUUCAACA